GUUGUGCUCUUUGGUUUCAUCGAGAGAGAACCUAAACCCGAUCUGAACCAAUAACAAGAAGAAGAAGAAUGGCGUCUUCGUCGUUCUCAGUCACGUCUCCGGCUGCUGCUACCGUCUAUGCAGUCACUCAAACCUCGUCGCACUUUCCAAUCCCAAACCGCUCUCGCAGAGUUACUUUCCGUCUCUCUGCUAAGCCCAAGCUUCGCUUUCUCUCCAAGCCUAGUCGCAGUAGCUACCCUGUGGUGAAGGCACAAUCUAACAAGGUUAGUACUGGUGCACCAUCAAAUGCUGCCAAAAUUGAUGAGCCAUCAGCUGAAGGAAAGGAGAAAACCACGUUGAAGGACUCGUCUUCUUCUUCUUCUUCUUCACCUGAAUUAGCUACAGAAGAGUCUAUUUCUGAGUUCCUUACCCAAGUAACAACUCUUGUCAAGCUUGUGGAUUCGAGAGACAUCGUCGAGUUGCAGUUGAAACAACUUGACUGUGAACUAGUCAUUCGUAAAAAAGAAGCCUUACCUCAACCUCAAGCUCCUGCAUCGUAUGUUAUGAUGCAGCAACCAAAUCAACCAUCUUAUGCACAACAAAUGGCUCCUCCCCCUGCACCUGCUGCUGCCUCACCAGCCCCUUCUACGCCAGCCACCCUGCCUCCACCAUCCCCACCUACUCCAGCCAAAUCAUCGCUUCCUACUGUUAAAAGCCCUAUGGCUGGCACAUUCUACCGUAGUCCUGCACCUGGUGAACCACCCUUUAUUAAGGUUGGAGACAAAGUGCAGAAGGGACAAGUUCUAUGCAUUGUUGAAGCCAUGAAGUUAAUGAAUGAAAUAGAGUCUGACCAUACAGGAACCGUAGUCGAUAUUGUCGCAGAAGACGGCAAGCCUGUCAGCCUCGACACUCCUCUGUUUGUGGUUCAACCUCGAGAUCUCUCCUUCAUCAUCAUCGCUCUCUUCUCUUCGAUUCUCUUUCCUCAGCUUUCCUCGUUACCGGAUCCGUCGUUUUACGAUUAUCUCCGGGAAAGCAAUCUUCCCGCCGGAAUAGUUCCAAAAGGAGUUACUAAUUUCUCGAUCGACGUUAAAACGGGUCGUUUCACUGUCGCUCUCCCUGUUCCUUGCGAUGCUAAAUUCGAGAAUCAGUUCCACUUCGACUAUAACAUCUCCGGCGUUCUUUCCGAUGGACGGAUCGGGAAUUUAUCGGGUGUGACGCAGAAGGAGCUGUUCUUGUGGUUUGCUGUUAAAGGAAUACAUGUGGAUCCGGAGAGCUCUGGGUUAAUUCACUUUGAUGUCGGUGUUGCUGAUAAGCAGCUUUCUCUCUCGCUCUUUGAGUCUCCUCGAGAUUGCACUGCCGCGGAAUCUCAACCUCGUGCGGUUGAUUUCUCUAGACCCCGUGAUUUGGAGAAGAAAUCUGAAGAUAUCCAAUCGAUAUUUGGACCACGAAGAAAUCGAUGGGCAUUAGGUUUUUGAUUGAGGCGUAGAAGGAAGUGCAAAGUCUUCUGGUAUGGUGUGUCUUGUAAAAAGUUUGGCUUGUAGUAGGUUUUUUGUUUUAUACCAUAUCCUAUAGUAUCAACAGCAUAAGCUUUCAAUGACUGCAAUAGACAAGCUUAGGAGGCAUGAAUACUUUUACUUUGUUACGGAUUAUUAGGGGUUAAGACAUAUAUACAUAUAUGAUAUAUGCUUGUGGAUUUUCACCAGAAACUGUUGUGUUUUUGUUAUCACACUCUUUUCUUUUGGUAUAAGAAAGGAUGUUGAGGAUA